AUGGAAAGUUGGCAGGAAAAUGGAAAGUUUGCCAAUAGUCUAGCGCAGUUGUGCUGUGAGCAUUUCAAGAAAUUAAGCAAAAAGGGGAAGCCUCAAUCAAAAAACGAAUGGACACUUCUGGCCGCCAUUGUACAAGUGCAGCAACAAGGUAAACCCUGAUUGGUGAUUAUAUUCUACUUUCUUUGAAAAUAAAUAGCUCUGAUGUUAGUUUGCCCCCUGAGCAUUCUUACCGCCCUGGCGCUAGGCUCCGUAAUAGGUGAAAAAGGCAAAACCGUGGUGAAACAGUUAGAAAAAAGGAAAAAAAUGGUUGAGAGAACCGAACCCCCACUGCGGGAGCCUGGCCCAAGGCUAUACUAGGUGGUAAGACCUAAUUUUUCAUGAUCAUGAUUGUUAUUAUUAUAAUUAAAAAAAAUAUCAUUACUAUAAUCAGAUUUCAAUGAAUGCUCUAUGGAUGUGAUUGCCAUGGGGACUGGUUCCAAAUGCAUUGGGAGAAGCAAAAUGAGUUAUCAAGGUAAAAAGAAUAAUAAUACACUUAUCAGCAGUAAUCCCAGAGAACUUUUGGGCGUUUGCAUGACAACGUUUACAAAUCCCACUUCCCCUGCCCCACUCCCACCUACCCCAGGAUGGCCCCUGAUUUAAGGGCAGAAACAUGCAGUGUUUGAUUGGCAAUGAGUUUAUGAUGUGCAGAAGAAAUAUGAAAGUUAUUUUAACUACUUCCCACCAUGAUUCUCCCUCUGAGAAGGGUGCUUGAGAUUUUCUGAUUGAGGGGUGUGUUAUAAGGGGUUGGGUGGAUAGUCAGGUCUCUUAGUGCAAAAUAUAGGCCGGAUCGUUACAGACGUGACAAAAGUGUCAAAUUUGGCACAGAGCUUCCUUAGCACCUGCCGAUUAAUACUGGAGGGGGUGCCCGUUACAAAUGGUCCUAACUACAGAUAAAAGGGGGGGGUUAACUUUCACCUAUAAUAGCAGAUUGGGUUCCCUGUGGUGAGUACUCUUCUUGUUUGAUUUGGCUAAAAAGCAUUUGUUUCAAAUUUUUAAGUUUUUAGCGGAGCUCUCGUGCGCGAAGCACCAUGGGUAAGAAAAUGUGGUGAACUACCCAUCCAAGAAAAUUUGGUAAUCACGUGACUGUACACCGAGCGAGCGAGCGAGCGACCGUCCGUCCGCACCACAGGAAUACCAAUGUAAAAUAACUCAAUCAACAGGUAUGGCAACCCCAAUACGACUCAAGGUUUUAUUUAGAAGAAAAAACAACAACAAAGUCGUGUCUUUUUCGGCGUUAUUUUUUAUGUUUACAUUAACGUGGACAACAGAGAAAGAGCUAGAGCGAGUUAUUGAAAACAAAGGAGACGAAUUUCUUAGGAAGAAAAACAUGGAAAUUCAAAGCGGCGGUGAGAAAAUGAGAAAUGCUAGCGACCAGCAAGGUGAAAAUGAGCGGCAAUGAAAAUUAAAAGCGAACAUGAACACAGGAGACAAAAUAUUGGGUAAGCACAUACGACAAUUCCUCCAUGAAAACAAUGUGUAACUAGGAAGUUUGACGUUUUAGCCGUACAAAACAGCGUUGUAGUCGUGCAAAACAACAACAAGGGAAAGACAAAAAAGCGUGCUGCACGUGCAAAUUUUUUUUUGCUAAUUACAUCUAUUAGUCUUGAAGCCAUAUUCAUUGUCGUCCGCGUUUAGCAUGACACGAUUUAAUUUUUUUUGUUUACACAUAUUAUUAACCAGAGCUUCGCUUUUAGCCCUGGCUAAUUCUAUAUAUUAAUUAGGUAAUGUUUAGUUGUUGUUAUACUAUUCAAAAUAGUUUUACAGGUACAUAAUACUGACUAGUGCCCAGUCUCCACACGGUAAGUGUGGCCAUGUUCACUCUGCGGCUAUCAGUGUCACUGCUAAGACUUGCCAGUGAUAAUAUCAUUACAUAUCAAUUUAAACAGAUCACAAAGCCACCUUUCAAAGAUGUCAUACAAUAACAUAAAACCCAAAUGUAUCACAUCCUAAACGACAGAAUCGUUAAGUUUUGAUAUGCCACAUGAAUGACUUCAUGAACCGUGACUGACAAAGCGCCCACUUUGUAAUUGUGCAGCUAAGAUCAGAUUAUAAUUUGCUUCAUUGGUAACCCUGUCCUUGGGAUCGAGAUAAUGAUUAAAACAUGUCAACCUCGUCCUCAGGGGGAAAAGGAGGAGCAGGGGUGGCACAGUUGGUCAGUGUGCAACCUUCGGUGCGCGAGGUCCCGAGUUCGAUCCCCGGUGUCAACACAUCCUUAUUUCAACUUCUCUCCUUUCUGUGUAGCUUUGACUAGCUUUAAAUACCCUUAAAACAGAGCAUUAAUGGAGAGAGGGGGUAAAAGGAGCACACCGUCCACCUCAAGUUUAUCAGUUAUUAUUACUUUCACGAGUUACUGCCCUAAAACAUGGUUGCUUUCCCUUUUUCUACCUUUUUAUUAAGCUCUGGGGACGAGGUUGUAAAACAUGCCUCUCCAGGAAUCUUUAACACUCUUUAUUUUCCACACAUUUGCAUUUAAAAAGGAGCGUAUGAGGUCCCUGCAUGCCUAAACACCUGUAAGGAGCUCAUUCACUUCAGAGACCUUGCACCAGAGUGUUAAUGAUAGGUCUAUACGAUAUUUCAAAAAAAAAGGAUGGUCGUCGCGUGCGUUACAAUUUACAAACAAACUAACUUCAGAAGAGCUGAAAGUUGCAGGAACAAGGCCUCUUUUAGCCAACCAACGAUACAUCAUUUAUGAAAAUGAAUGUAAUUUGUUUGAUGCAAUUAGGCGAAUAACCGGUGGUUACGAAAUCUUACAAUCAUGAAUUCCUCAAGAGCAAUUCAGUUACCAACGUUUCACUUAAUAAUGCUGUGGAAAAUUACAGAAAAUACCAAAACAGCAAGGGUCAACCAUAAUUAUAGCCUGGCCCCUUGUAAUAAUGGAGUGGUUAUGAUAAAGAAGCCCAUCAACUCCAACUUUGACAACUCAAACAAAUUAAUGACAGAUUGCAUACCGCAAAACUUUGCAUUCACUUAUGCCUAUGUUGCCACACCAGGAGCCUAGAAAUGGGCUCCUGGUAACACCUUGUUUUUAUUGCUGAAUAUCAUUCUAAAUAGCUUUACGAAAUAUUUUGUUAAUAGGGGUCCUUUGAACAUGAUUGAAAUUCAGAGAUGGUGACAAAAACGAACACAAACAAAGUCAAAAAACGAGACGCAUGAAACAAUCGCGAUCUAAUAUUCGUGUUACACCGAUAUAAUUGUUCCUUUGGCUACUAUGCUGACAUUUUUGAGGAUAUAAGUAGUAUCGCAGCUAGUCCCGGGUUAGGUAUACCGUUUAUUACCAGUUUCACGGUUCCUGAAACUUGGGGCCUGUUAACAUAAAGGUGGGGGACCCCAGGUAGGUGAGGUAACCUGCUUAGGUGGGGUAAAAAAAAAUACGUAACCCUCCUUUACAUGCAAUCUUACAACCCCGCCAUCCUGGGGUGCACUUUCUCGAGAUUAUUGAAUGGUAGCUAAGCACGUAAACAAGAAAAAUGCUGGCAAACCACAUCUACGCUCACUCGCUGCUCUUGCUGCAACCUUCAGUGUUGUGGCUUUCUAUUGUUACCUUUAAUAAUAUUAUGUGCAGCCACCCAGCGCCAAAGUGAAUUUCGCGUGAGUUUGAUGUAUUACGAAUCCGACCCCGACUAGCCUGGUUACCUCACCUUGAAACGUUGACAUGGCAAAAUUUGACCUCAGCUGAGAGGGUUACCUGGUGUGGCAGACUGGGCUACCCACCUUGAAGGGUCACCCCACCUAUCAUGUAAACGUGAUCAAAUUAAAAUUAGAGAUUAUAUGGACAGGCGGGUUACCCCACCUAAGUGCAUGGGUUACCAUUCCUACCUGGGGUCCCCUUCCUCCAUGUAAACAGGCCCUAAAAGUUAGCCCGGCCCCCUUUCUACAGUUUCAGAACGGUUUGAGUCAAUCUUGUGCCACUUGAGCCUCACAAUUUACGACUUGAUAAGCUGUUAUUAUUUUUGGACAUGAGCUGAGUGCUUCAGUGCCAAAUGUAGAGGCUUCAUGAUAAACUGUGUUGUUUUUUGAAGCUUGGGCUAACUUGUUUCUUUUUUUCAUUUAAGAGACCAGAUUUUUUUUUGUUUGUUUUUGCUUUGUAAAGCUUAGACAAACUGUGGGAAUUGUAAAUGAUAUGACUUGUGCCACGGUGCUUGCUUCUCUGUCAAAACAUGCAUGCGCGUCCAGCAGAUAAAGAGAGACUGAAAGGCAUCCAGGCCUAUGUUAAGCUGAAAAAUUAAUAACCUCCUUAGGAAAGAACUAUUUUGGGCUCUGUCAUUUCGUUAUUUGCUCUUCAUCAAUAGCUGUCAUAAAUCCCUGAUAAUAUGUGAUACAACAGACUGUUUGACAAAUUCUGUUUUCUGAAAUUUUGUGUGUGAAUCGCUAUACCGUACGCUUUCUUUAGCAUAAAGUGACAUGUAAUGACAAGUAAUACUUGAUAAAUAAGGCUUAAGCCACACAAUAAGGCCUCCUGUAAUUGAAAUACAUUAGGAAAGGAGAAGAGAACCCCAAAAGCUGAGUACUUGCAAGUUGUGAAGCAAAGAGGAGGCCAUCUUAGAAAUGACUUAUGAAAAUGUGGGCGGACUGUGGACUUGCUUUAAGGGCACAGUAAUAAUCAACUUAAUUAUACAAUCAAUAAUUUAAAAAAAGCUAAUAAUGGAUGGGAAUGCCAGAUGUUCGAGUGAAAUUGUUGUUUACAACAUGAGAAGAGCAUUCUAAGGGAUUUAAGGUAUUACAUAACAAUUUUCAAUCAAAGCACCACAGGGGCCCCAGCAGGUGAAAUUUACAAUAAUUAAAUCCUGUUUAGCACGCUUCAGCGACAUAUUUGCAUUGGGCACCCCCUCUAAUAUUCAUGGUACUGCAAUAAGCUAUCGCUGUGCAAAGUUUGGUGCUCUUGUCAACUCUGUAACGAUCCUGACCUUAAGAGACCUGACUAGGAGGGGAGGGGGGGGGGAGUGGGGUUUGAGAUUGGUCAGUAAACAUUUAGGAGAGAAAAACUAGCUUAUUUCUAAGGGGAAAAUGUGUGCCUUGCACUUGCAUGAGAAGCAAAGGAAAGGAACUUGACAAUCCAAAGUCAUUUAUUGCUUUUUGUUUUCUUUUAUUAACUGCUGCAUUAUUAAUUUCUAUUUCCUACUAGGAACGAUUUUAAAUGAUAGCCAUGCAGAGGUGAUUGCUAGGAGAGGUUUUCUUAGGUAAAUAAUUAUUUAAAUCAUAUUGUUAAAGUACUAAACAUUGCUCUUGAAAGUCAUAUAAAUUUCAAGACAACUGUCCCACAAUCCACUCUAGAGAGCCCACACCAUUUGAGGGGGUGAAGGAUUGGCUGUGGACAAUUUCCAACAAGUUACUUUAUUUUUUGAAUGCAAGCUGGCCAUCGAAAUGAAACCUCUGUUUACAGUAAUGCAGGACUAAAGAUUGAAUUAUGUUUAAAGCUUGAUAAAUUUUUUAAUAGAAUGUUGCAAAUUUGCCACUUUACAAAAACAAGGAAACAAAAAAUCACCAUCUUAUUUCUGUCAUUUACCACAUUGUUUAACUUUGGUUUUAGGAGCUAUCCAAAUGUUGACUGUACAGUACUUUUUAACUGGGCAUUUUACAGUCUCUUCUCUCAAGUUUUGUCAGCUGUUUAAUAGACUUGAAAGGUAUACAGAAUGGCUUAUAACCCCAUACUUGUGCUCUCGUCCCAAAGGUAUCUUUAUCAGCAGUUGCAAUAUGCAUACAAUUUACAGAAGAGUAUUUUUGAAUAUCAAGAAGACAGCAACCUGUGCAAGUUAAAAGAUGGAGUGUCAUUUCACCUCUUUACUUCUCAUACACCUUGUGAGUUUUACUAUUAACAUUCUGUUUUAAGUUGAGGAGGGGAUUCAGCAUGAACAAAACAAAGUUGAAUUCCUCAAUGAACAAUUUCCUGUCCAAAAGCUUUCCUCAGUCCGCAAAAAGAAAACUGGACAUUCUUUAGAACUUUCCAUUUCCAUUUUGUGUCUUUUAAUGGUGUAUUUUUAGCAUUGAAAUGUGAAACUUUGAUCUUGAAAACCACCGCAUGGUGUGAAAGAUAGCGUGACAGCUUUAGCUCCAUGUUUUAUACUCUCAUAAAGCACAAUUUUUCAACCAAUCAGAGUGUGUGUUACAUCUCAACUUUGGUAUAAUAUUUUCUAUCCUGAAUAGCUGGCGGUAUUGUGUAGUAGUUGAGUGAGAUUUAGCAGUGAAGCCGUCACGAGCGGCGUAUUAAAAGCUCCACUCCCAUUUUUAGAUCACGGCUCUGCCACCAAAACUUUAAUCCCGCGCAGUGACAAUACUGCCAGCUAUGGGGGCUAAAUGUUUUCUUAAUAUUAUUUUCUUUAAAUCUUGAGAACCGGUAUAAGUGCCUGUUGAAUGUAAGUACAUGUACGUUUGUUUUUAGGUGGUGAUGCAUCUAUAUUUCCCAAAGGAGAUGAUGAUGACACUUUGAUAGUUAAUCCACCAAAGAAUCAAAAACUUGGAAAUUCAAAGAAACAUUGUCAUGAUGGUCAUGAAACUAUUGAACAUCCAGCUAUAAAGAAAAUUUGUUUGCAAGAGGAUGCAAUUUAUGACAGUUUAUUGCAGGAGCCAUUAGAAAGGACAGACAAGUUAUGUAUUGGGGCAACAACGGAUGUGCAGAAUGUUUCAAAAGAAGCUAAUUUACUGACCAAGUUCUCAGAUCAUGCAAGACAAUCAGACUGCAUUCAUGUAGAAAGUACCAACAAAAAUGUCAAUAGAAGUCAGCACAGAGAAAAUGGAAUAAAACUACUAGAUACUACUGAGUCAAAGAAUAUUGGAAGGUUUCUUCAAAAUAAUGAAAAUAAGUGUGAAAACGAUAGAUUGUGCAAUGAUUUGUACAGAACUGGUGCAAAAUGUGCACCAGGCGGAAAACAGGAUCCCCUAAAACCUGGCCUUGGAUACCACACUAUUGGUGUUUUGCGUACUAAACCAGGUCGUGGUGAUCCAACAUUAUCAAUGUCAUGCAGUGACAAAAUAAUGAAGUGGAACAUUCUUGGUUGCCAAGGGGCUCUCUUGUCACAUUUUAUGAUGUGUCCAAUAUACCUCUCAUCAGUUGUGCUUGGCAGGUGCCCAUGUGAUGUGUUGGCUUUAAGGCGUGGCAUCUACGAACGUGCCCUAACCAUGGCAUUGGAUUUGCCAGCAAAUUUCAUUGUCAGCCAGCCCAACAUUUGGCUUACUGAUGUGUUAUUUGAGCACAGCAAAGGAAAAGCAUUGGAGACAAGCUUUGUGGAAGAUAAUAGUGAGCCUUUUACACAAUCACCUUCAGCAACAUGUAUGUAUGUCUGAAAUGCAAAGAAAUGAAAGUGUUCACAUGUGUAGAUUAUACUUAGUCACUGGGUAAGUGUAUGCAAGCUGUGACAAGCCUGAAAGAAAAAAGCCACGAAAAUGAAAUAAGUGAAUUGACCAAAAGCUUAACCUUUAACCUCCUUUCAGGGGACACUUUAACACUCAAAAAGUGACUGGCCACAAACAUUAUUGAGAAGUCAUAAUUUAAGUGUACACUAGUCACAAUGGCAACAGCUUUCAAAACAUGAAUCGACAUACUGCACUUGUGGGAAUUGAACACACAACGUCAAAGAGAUUAAUCAUGAGUUUUUAUACGUUAUCCACCCCCUUGAAAUAAUGCCUUCAGGAGCAGAUUCCGAGGAAGAAUAAAAGAAAAAUACUUUAUUUGUUGGUUAAUUAUUAACAAACUCCAGCCCAACCAUCAUUCAAGGGUCACUUGCCUUGGUACCAGGGGUGUCCCUUGAAUGGAGGGCCAUCAAAAUCCUGCAACCACUGUUUAAUUUAAUUUUUCUUAUAUCAGGCUUAUUAGUUAUGGAAAGUUUACAAUUAAUGUUGCAUUUAAGAAAAAAAGUACCUCUCUCAAAAAGAAAAGUGAUAGUAUUACUUCACUUAGAUAUAAAUAGUUUUCAAAUAUCCCUCAUUAGAGCAAUUUUUUCAUUUAUAGCUGUUAUUUGGAUCAAAGAUCCUUUAUUGCAUGAAGUUUCUGUUGCCGGCCUGAGACAGGGAGUUACCAAGAAGAACCUUUCUUCAUCAAAAGCUAGGUACAUGGUAUUUCCUUUCUAUUAUAUUGUUGUUAUUAUUAUUUACUGCAACCAAAAAAAUAUUGGUAAGCAAUUCUGAAUUUGCUGAAAUCCCUGAAAGCAUCAAGCAUUUUCCUGCCAUUCCUCCAGAGGUUUAUGUGGGAUCAUGCUGUGAGAAAUUUUAGUUCUCAGGACCUUUUCAGGUAUUGAAGAUGACUUGAUGUAAACCUUCCAUCCUAGCAAGGAUUUCAGAUUAGUGGUACAAUUGCAAAGAUCAUGUUGUUUGGAGACAAUAUCACCAAAAUGGAGUAAAGGACCCAGGGUGGGGGUGGCCUAUAAAGGGAGGCUCCCCCCAAAAGGGGUAUAGGGAUUUCACUAGUUCAAGUAUAAAGGGAUAGCAAAAUCUGUAAAAAGACCUAAAAGGGCUAAUAAAAGAAUUUAUGGCUAUUCAAAAGUUGAGAAAAUUUCCCGCUAUUGUGAUUUUUUCAUAUUUUAAAGACAAUGCAUUUACAGCAGUGAAAAGGAUGCAAUGUAUUAAAUUAGGUAUGUGAAAGGGGUGCAAUUUGUUGUUGGAAGGCAUAUAAAAAGGGCACGUUUUUGCCAAAAAUGGUAUGUAAAUAAAAAGGGUAUGGGGUUGGACCUCAGGUUGGAGCCUUCCCAAGUUGGGCUUGAAUUCUCAUUUCCUUUAAUAAUAAAUUAUUUUGAAAUCCAACUCAUAAGUGUGCCAGUGAAAGGAGUUACAUUUUGUUUAAAUGUUUUUUCAGGGUAUGCAUUAGCAAGGCAAGUUUAUUUGAGACAUUUAAAGUACUUGUCAGCCACAUUCCAUGUGAAAAGCUUCCGCCUACAUUAAGGUACCUACUAGUCAGAAAACAU